CCACACGCGACUGAGGCUCAAAGCCGGCAGAAAAUUCGAAGCUAAUAAAGGCAAACAAAGCAAAGCAACGAAAACAUUGGCUACGCCACAUUCCAAACCGGAUUGCAUUCUCCACGUUGGCGCUAAUCCGCGCCAGAGACUUUUAGCAUGGCUUUCACACGGUCAGCCAGCGGUCCUGGUGGGCUCAGCAUCAAUACCAGCGGCGCGAAUCUAUUUGGAAGUGCCACGAGUCAGCCCCCGGCAGCCGGAGGAUUGUUUGGUAGCACGAGUGCCUCGACAUCUCAGCCGGCACAGUCUGGAGGGUUGUUUGGCACGGCGUCGACGUCGCAGCAGCCUCAGUCGACCGGAUCCCUGUUUGGAAGCACAACCUCGCAGCCCCAACGGACGGGAGGACUUUUCGGCAGCGCGCAGCCUUUGUCCCAGCCUCAACAAACGGGAGGAUUAUUUGGAUCGACCACGACGAUAUCCCAGCCUCAACAGACCGGCGGCUUGUUUGGCUCGAUCGCAACAUCGCAGCCGCAACAAACGGGAGGGAUGUUCGGAUCAACACCAGCCGCGCAGCAGCAGCAGCAGCCGCAACAACAAGCUGGCGGUUUGUUUGGGAACACGGCCACCCAGCAACAAAGGCCUGGCGGGUUAUUCGGAUCUACGACGUCGGCUCAACCUCAGCAAGGUGGUGGCAUGUUUGGAAGCUUGCAGAAUACCCAGCCAGCCCAACAAGGAGGCCUCUUCGGUGCCUCGACUCAACAGCAGCAGCAGCAACAACAGCAACAGCAACUACAGCAGCAGCAGCAGCAGCAGCCUCAGCAGACCACCGGAGGCUUAUUCGGAGGCUCCGUGGCUGGCACAGGUGGAGCUUUGGGGCAGAACAGGCCUGGUGGAUCCCUAUUCGGCAGUCUCAACCAACCCACCGCCCAACCGCAGCAGACCAAUGCCUUCGGCCAGUCUGUACUUGGGUCUGGUCUGACCCUGGGCCAGUCCACCCAACAACAGCAGGUCGUCCCUGGCGUGCGGAUCGACGUCAGCAACAUCCGGCCGACGACGCGGUUCAACGACCUGCAGGAGGACCUCCAGAACAGGAUCGCCGAGAUCGACAGGGCGAUCCAGGGCUUCAUCGCGCAGAAGAACGAGCUGGACGCGUUCAUGCCGGCGCACGGCGAGCAGCUGUCGUGCAUCCCCACCGACGUCAACUUCGUCGGCCGCAAGGCCUCGGGCGUCGAGAGCGCGCUGACGGGCGAUGCCGUGGCCGUCAAGCAGCUGCGUGAGCUGGUCAAGGUGGAUGCCGACAACGCGCGCCUGUCCUUCAAGGCCGUCGACAACCUCAAGCUGCCGACGGCGUACCACCAGGCCGGUCUUUGGUCGACUAGGGGUCAACAGGGAGGUACGGGUGGUGGCGCCGGGGACGCGGACGGCGAGAGCAACUCGGUUCUGGUGGAUUUCUUCUCCAGGACGGCGGACGAGAUGGGGGAUACGAUGAAGAAGUUCGAGGGGAACCUCACCGAGAUCGAGUUGCACUUGCAUGCCGUCCAGGGGAACGUGUUGGAGCAGCUGCAACGAGUGGCCGCGACGCCCAAGGAUGGCGUCCAGAACCGGGCCGAUGAGAAGGUCGUCGAGCUCGCUGCGGUAUUACGGGACUUCGAGGAGAGCAUACUCCAGGUCGCCGGGGUCGUGGGGGGAGCCCGCGAAGGGAUGACGUCUCUGCAGUUGGGAGAAUUGCUGGGGAAUGGUAGUAACGGGGUGCGCUGAUAAUCAGUGUUCUUAUUAUGGGAAAGGGGUAGUUAGCAGGAAUUAGCACGAGCGUGCUUGUUCUGACGAGAUAUCAAUGUAUAUCACAGUAAUGGCAUGCACAUGCCUCACUAUAGCUUUGUUCUAUCGACAGCUUUUCCCUGUGA